CGAAAAUAUUGACAUUUGACAGAUCGACAUUCCAUACUGAUACGAAAUAGUACUAUUAUUUUUAUUAUAUGUCUUUCAGUCUUCCCUUAGAUUUUAAAUUUCUCCUUCUCUUCAUCAUGGUUUAAAUUUCAACUCCCCUUAGUUUGCACUCAGUGUAUUAAUUGGACACUGCUGGUGAUGUGACACUUUCUUCUCAUUUGGUCUUAUCUCACCUGUAUACUCGCAUCAUAGAAAGGAAACAAACAUGGCGAACAACGGAUCUUACAGCAACGAAAAGACCGGUAGUCUUGAUGUUGAUUAUGGAGUUGAUCCGGCAACAGGCGGAUUUUUCAAUUCAGACUUUAAAAAGCAUGAUGAUCUCAAACAAAUGCUUGACACAAACAAAGACCAUGUGAAACUCGAGGCCAUGAAAAGGAUUAUUGGAAUGAUUGCCAAAGGUCGAGAUGCAUCAGACCUGUUUCCAGCUGUGGUCAAGAAUGUGGUUUCAAAAAAUAUUGAGGUCAAAAAACUAGUCUAUGUAUAUCUUGUACGUUAUGCUGAAGAACAACAAGAUUUAGCUUUACUGUCAAUUUCUACAUUCCAAAGAGCUUUAAAAGAUCCAAACCAGCUUAUUAGAGCAAGUGCCUUGAGAGUUUUAUCUAGUAUUCGAGUUUCUGUGAUAGUGCCCAUUGUCAUGUUAGCAAUCAAAGACUCGGCCUCUGAUUUAUCGGCUUAUGUUCGAAAAACAGCUGCUCAUGCUAUUCCAAAAUUAUACAGCCUGGAUCCUGAGCAAAAAGACGAAUUGGUGCUUUUAAUAGAUAAAUUGCUUGCAGAUAAGACAACGCUUGUUGUAGGCUCCGCAGUUAUGGCAUUUGAGGAGGUGUGUCCCGAAAGAAUUGACCUCAUUCAUAAAAAUUAUCGCAAACUUUGCAAUUUACUCCUAGAUAUAGAUGAAUGGGGACAAGUAGUUAUUGUAAAUAUGCUUACUCGUUAUGCAAGAACUCAGUUUUUGGAUCCCAACAGAGGUGGCGAUAUCGAAAGUAGCGAAGACUCACCAUUCUAUGAUGACGAUGAUGAUGAGGACGAUGUAGUAUCAAGCAAAAACAAAGCCAACGUCAAUGGCAAGAAAAAGGAAACAAUUACUCUUGAUCCAGAUCAUCGCCUGUUAUUGCGCAACACCAAACCUCUUCUUCAGAGUCGAAAUGCUGCAGUUGUGAUGAGUGUUGCACAGUUGUACCAUCAUUGUGCUCCUAGGUCUGAAGUUUCUUUAGUCGCCAAAUCCUUGAUACGAUUACUUCGCUCUCACAGAGAAGUUCAGUCAGUUGUUCUAAACUCUAUAGCUGCUAUUUCUGUGCAUCGUAAGGCUAUGUUUGAACCUUACCUGAAGAGUUUCUUUGUUCGGACUAGUGACCUUACUCACAUAAAAAUAUUGAAACUGGAAGUGUUGACCAAUCUAGCUUCAGAAUCCAAUAUCUCAGUUAUUCUACGCGAGUUCCAAACAUACAUUUCUAGCCAAGAUAAAAAAUUUGUUGCAGCCGCUAUCCAAGCUAUAGGAAGGUGUGCCUCUAGCAUUAAAGAAGUGACAGACAGCUGUCUUACUGGUUUAGUCGCAAUGUUGUCCAAUAGAGAUGAGGCCGUAGUCGCUGAAAGUGUAGUGGUGAUCAAAAAACUUUUGCAAACCCAGCCAAGUGCCCAUGUAGAUAUUAUCAGGCACAUGGCAAAGCUGACAGACACAAUAACUGUUCCUCAUGCAUUGGCAUCCAUACUUUGGCUUCUUGGAGAGUAUUCGCCUCUAGUUCCCACUAUUGGCCCUGAUGUCUUGAGGAAAAUGGCCAAGAAUUUCGUCAAUGAGGAGGAUAUCGUCAAACUCCAAGUACUGAACUUAGCUGUAAAAUUAUAUCUGACAAAUCCAUCUCAAACAGCGUUGCUAUGCCAGUAUGUUCUCACACUUGCCAGAUACGAUCAAAACUAUGAUAUUAGGGACAGGUCUAGAUUUUUGCGUCAGUUCCUCUUUCCCAACACUGAGUCGAGUCUCUCCAAACAGGCGAAAAAUAUAUUCAUGGCAACUAAACCUGCCCCAUUACUGCAAUCGAAAUUUGUGGACCGAGAAGAGUUCCAAAUGGGUUCUCUAUCCCACUACAUCAAUACUCGAGCUAUUGGUUAUCAUGAUCUGCCUGAUUUCCCCGAGAAGGAGCCGGAUCCUUCGGUUCGGGACGUCCCGGAGGAAGAAGUUCCCCAACCGAAACCUGUGAAAAAGUCAACCAAAGAACCGAAAGUCAAAGAGUCAUCGUUUUACUCCGACUCAAAUGAUAGCUCAUCUCCUGAUGAAGAAUCUGAUAGUGAAUCAGGAAGUGAGGAAGAAUCUAGCGAAGAAGAGAGUGGAUCUGAAGAAGAAGAAUCAUCAUCAGAAGAGGAUAGUGAUAAGGAACCAAAGAAACCGGUGAAAUCCAACAAAUUGAUUAAAAGCGCCACCUCAAGCAGCAGUGAAGAGUACACUGAUAGCGAAGAGGAAUCCGAUUCAGACGAGGCUCUUCCGAAAGUCGUGAACAAGAAGAAGUCUAAUGUGACCCCUACAACUGCCUCCAAGCCAAAGAGCAAUGUCGAUCUGCUGCUGGAUUUAGAUGACUUCGUCCCAAGCAUGUCUACACCAGUUAUGACACCGUCUCUGGGUGGAUUCCUUACUCCAGUUUCAGCUUCAGUCUCGUCUCCUGCACCGCUAUUCAGCGCCCAAGUGACCAGUUCAUCCCACUCAUCGGGAAAGUCUUUUGAACUGCUGAACAAAAUUAACGGUGGCAAAAACCAGCUGAGCAUUAGCGGGCGCUUCACUCGGUCCCCAAAUCCUUUCUCUCCUACCAUGGUCUCCAUCGAGCUGACAUUCACCAAUCAUGAGUCAUCAGAGGCCCUCACAAAUAUCCACAUCGGUGCGAAAAAUUUGUCAUCAGGAAUGAUGAUCAACGAUUUCACAACGAUCCUAGAAAUUCCACCUCUGAAGAACACUAUUGGAACAAUAGGAGUUGACUUCAACGACUCAAUCAAACCUGUCAAUUUUGAUAUUGUCUGGAUGCAUAGCGGGAUGGAGCAUGUGGCGAAGGUUUCAUUCUCUGCACCUGUAGGUGAACUUGUCCAGCCUUUCAUAAUGCAAGAGUCUGUGUUUUUGUCGAAACAGAGUAAUUUGCGAGGGAUGAACGAGCAGACCGCCAAGUUCUCUCUCAAACCCUCGUGCUCAGUAUUGACGACAGUGUUAGAAGCAUGUAAUUUCAGUGUCGUGUCCUCGUCAGACAAUGUAUACCGGUUUGCAGGUCAGACAACUUCGCAGAAAGUUUUAGUUCUGUGUACUGCAAUUGUUAAUGAAAAUAAUGUAGACCUUACUGUCAAUUGUAAUGAUGCAAUCUUUGGAUCAAUGAUGCUGACGUUUGUAAAAAAUAUUUUGUCUAAGUAAAAAACUUGUUAUACAUCUUUGCUAUCA